GGGGGGGGGAGGGAGAGAUGAGAUGAAACAAUGGGGGCCCCACUGGGUCCCCGAGUGUGAGGAGCGGCGACGCCCCCACCGUGUGCCUUCUUGAGAGGCUCCACUAAGGUUUCCCAGCCGGGGCCGCCCUUCUGCCUUUCUUCUCUCCUCUCUUCCUCCCUCCCGCCCCACAGCUCUUUUUCCCCUCCUGGGGUGGAGUUGGGUCUAUUUUUGUAGAUGAGCUUUUGUCUCCUCGGUAAUCUCUCUCUCUCUUCCCCCCCCCCCGCCCUAUUAUCUGAAGCGCACUCAAGAAAAUGGGUCGGGGGGCGGCUCGAUUGCUUCCGUCGCCUCCGCGUUGGGGGUUGUCUAAUGUUUUUUUCCGCCCCUCGCCGUCUGUUCAUCUUCUCUCCCCCCCCCACGCCUUAGCACAUGGUUUGGAUGGGGGGGGGGGAGUUGGAAGCUGUCAAAAAGCGUCUCCCUCAUUAGAGGACAUCCUUGCUCUUGUCUCGCUUCGUCCUGAUCUCCGAGCAUAAGGACCCCAAAGGUGGGUGGGUAUUAUGAAACUACGUUACUGGAUGUGGUUUCAUUCUCGGGGAUUCUGUGUGACGUUUUUCCCAGCACUUUGUUCACAGUAUUCAAGGGUUACCCAUUACCUCUGUCUUGUUAUGGGAGUUGUGUCUUAUGUCUCACGUAUAUGGGCUUCUCACCUCUCUUCCCUCCAGUCCUUUUCCUUGUCAAAUCUACUUGUCCCUGUAGCAUAACCAUCUUCAAGGCACAAGGUUUAUUGAUAUGUUGGUGGAUAUCUGAGAGAACGUUGUUUUCUGGACUGCAUACAAACUGCUGCAAAUUGGCACUGUGUAAUCAGUGCAGAUUGGAUGUGUGUGGUUUGAAUGUGCUGACAGGUAAUAACAAGGUGCUGUGAACUUCAAGUGAACAAAAUGUUCUUGUGGUAAACUGUUUGUUACGCUAAUUAUAUUUAAGGAAGAAAGUCUAUAUGUAAAUGUACUGAUGUGUAAAACCCUGGAAAUACAUUUUUUUUAAGUCUCAGGCUCACAGUGGCACAGUUUAUGAUGUGUAAUAGUACAUGAUAUAUUAUAUGAAAUUUGCUAUAGCUGCAGUAGUGCAGAUUUUCUUGUGUUUUAUUCUACUCAUGGGCACUUGCAGGAACAAGAUAGGUUGACAGAAGAGCCAGUAUCAGUUGGCUUUGAGUACAUGUGGGAACUUGCAAACACAGCACUACAAGUUCUAUGACAAAAAUAGCAAGCAUAGUGGAUAUAUAAACUAAUAAAAUGCAUAGAGAAGAAUACAUCUGAGAGUAUUUUAAUUGAAAUGCUUAAAGUGGUACUAAAUGCUGACGUUACAGUGCAAUCUUAUGCAUGUCUAUUCAGAAAGAAGUCCUGUUGAGUUCAAUGGGUCUUAGGUAAUAGUGUAUAGGAUUGCAACCUAAUUGACUAAAUUAGAUGAAGGGAAUCUGAUAUGUGCCAAUCUACUACUGUAUGCUGAAUAGUUGCACUGAAACUAACCCAGCUCAUUAAAAUCCUGCUGCAGGAAACUCCAGAGAUUUUUGUGGGGUGCAGAGGACUGCAGGACAGAGGAGAAAGAUAAAGUUCAGUUGCGCUAGCAGACUUCUGCUAAUAUAAUGUUGGAUUUAAGCCACAUGUAGUGUUUUGUUGUAUAUAUUGAAAGUGCUAUAUGGAAUUUCCUCCCUUAAUACUGUUUACAUAACCACUGAUAAGUCCUAGUUUUAGAUGACAGUUGUGAUGUUAAGAUUCUUGUAGUCUUGGACAACUUAACUAUUACUUCACAAUAGGCAAGACAUGCUAACAAUGGCCUCAGUACAGGAUCCAUCACUAGGGCUACUAUGUAUAACAUUAAUAAAGUGACCUUCAACUCACCGGAGAUUGCUUUCUUAAGUAAAUUGCCUCCUUCAAAGAGCAGUCUUGGCUGAGUUACAUUAUGCCCCUACAAAUCCUUAUGCUGUAAAGAACCUUAGGAUAAAUAUUAUCAUUUGUUUUCUUUCUCUUUCCUUUUUUACCUCCACUAGCAACUUUUAAUGUGAAAAAUGGUAGGUGAGUGAAACUUGAUUUAAAGGCAUUGUAGUUUUCUUAGCUGGGUUUGCUCUUAAUUUAGACCAAAUGCUUGCUAGGCUGCCUGCUUCAUAAGAUAGUGGCUGUUUUUGGAUAUUACCAUGAUUUAGUGUUACCAUGGUUAUAAUCGUGGGUUAGCACAGCCUUCCCCAACCUGGUGCCCUCCAAAUGUUUUGGAAUACAGCCCUCAUCAUUCCUGACCAUUGGCUAUGCUGGCUGGGGCAGAUUGGAGUUGUAGUCCAAAACAUUUGUAAGAUACUAGUUUGGGGAAGGCUGGGCUAUCAUUAUGAGAAUGAAACCCACCCACCUCCUGCUUGUACUCUUUCUCUCCUCCCUUGGUAUGGCCACAAGGAGGAGAUCUGUUUUUAGAUUAAUAACAGUUUAACAUGUCAUCGAAACCCUGAACUGUAAUUAACCUUAACUAUAGUUAGUGAAAGCAAGCUUUCAUAAGCUAUAGUUCAAAGUUGGCGGGUUUCCAUUAAGUAUAGUUAAGAUUAACUCCAGUUUGACUUGGCAAGCUGUGGUUUAUCAAAAAUGGAAGGAAAAGCUUUUGAACUCCUUGUAGCAGCACCAGAGGAGGAGUGAGGAGCCACAGCUCUGAUGGGAAGCUAUGCUCAUUUUCAUGAUGCUCAUCUAUGAUUUAGUGUCGUUUCCAGACCAGACCAGUGUUAUGCAGCACCUAGCACAUUAGGCACUUAUAAUAUUUACCUUCCUGUAAGCAUAUACUUUUGUUCCAUUACAGACCUUGUUCUGGCAUAAACCAAUCGAGGAAAUCUGUCUCUGCAAUUGGGAUAAUAGUGAAUAUAACAGAUUACAUUCCCGUAGUACAGUUUUUAUUUCAGUUUAAUCCUUCUCCUCAAGCAGAACCAAAGCAUAAAAGAGAUGGAUGGUGAUAGUUCUACAACAGAUGCUUCCCAAUUGGGAAUUGCUGGAGAUUACAUUGGUAGUAGUCACUAUGUGAUACAACCUCAUGAUGAUACGGAGGACAGCAUGAAUGAUCAUGAAGACACAAAUGGCUCCAAAGAGAGUUUUAGAGAACAAGAUAUAUAUCUUCCAAUUGCAAAUGUGGCAAGGAUAAUGAAAAACGCUAUACCUCAAACAGGAAAGAUUGCUAAAGAUGCAAAGGAAUGUGUGCAGGAGUGUGUAAGUGAAUUCAUCAGCUUUAUAACAUCAGAAGCAAGUGAGAGGUGUCACCAAGAAAAACGGAAGACUAUAAAUGGGGAGGAUAUUCUCUUCGCCAUGUCGACCCUUGGAUUUGAUAGCUAUGUUGAACCUUUGAAGCUGUAUCUUCAGAAGUUCAGAGAGGCCAUGAAGGGAGAAAAGGGUAUUGGGGGAACAGUUAACACAGCAGAUGGCCUUAGCGAGGAGCUCACAGAGGAAGCAUUUACUAACCAGUUGCCAGCAGGUUUGAUAACUACAGAUGGCCAACAGCAAAAUGUUAUGGUUUAUACAACAUCUUAUCAACAGAUCUCUGGUGUUCAGCAGAUUCAGUUCUCAUGAUCUGAAGAUGACGUUGGAUCUGGGAAUGUGAGAGAGAUGGGCAACGAACUAUAAAAUGCUGAAAGCGAAGAAGAGUUGGUUUGAAAUGGCUGGUGAAGAGGGAAAUGUCACUUUGUAUAUUCAAUAGCUGUAAUGUAGCUGCCUGAGGCUUGACUAAUUGAGGUGUGAACUCUGACUCAAACCUUUUUUCAUGAAUGAUUUUAAAAGAAAUUGGAUUUUAAAGGUAUUAAAGUAUUUUUGUUUUGUACAAGAGUUUGUUGCUCUGUAUAACUCCUGUAUGCAUUGUAUAUUGCAAUUUACUACUGUCAGAGAUUUGUAGACAGUUUCUUAUUUUCAUAUUGAAUCAUGUUACUUUUGUAAUUCAAGUAAACAGCUGGGUUUAAUUCAUGUUUACCCUUUGAAUAAAACAUAAGGGUACAGUUCAUUUUGAAUGCAAGUUGCCUUUAUUAUAAAAAUUGGGAUGACCUUUUGUUUUGUAAUUGUCUUGCAUGACUAAAGUUGCGAUAACUAUUUAUUAAUAUUUUAACUCUGAAAGGGAAUUCCUCAAGCGCCAGCAGUUCACAAGAAGUGCUCCCACUGUUUUUCAUGUAAUGAUUGAAUUAAUGUGAAUCCAGAAGUAGCUAGUCUUUAGAUCUUAGCAUUAGUAGCUUGGGAUGUAAUCUACCAGGAACUACUUUGCACAAGUUUAAUGAGAAUGAAGGGAAGUUAGGCAAGAAUAGUUGUCUCGUGUGCAGGGCUAGUUCUGUAGAUUGCCUGAUGCCCAACGACAGUGUUAACUGUACCUUGUAGUGCAGUCCCUGUUUUGAAACAACUAGAAAUAUGUAAUAGGGUUUUUUUGUUUUGUUCCCACUGACUAGGGACAUUGGUCUCACUGCUUUUGAAAUAAACCCAUUUUAAUUUAUGAUCUCUCUUUAAAUAAGCCACAUUCUCUUUACUCAGUUGUGACAGUUUGACAGUCUUUUUGGGGUAACUUAUCUUUCUUUUUUUAAAAAGCAUAUAUCUACGUUUCCAUGAUCUGUGGGGAACUCUCAAAUGUUUAUAACAUCUGUGGAGUGUGUGGGGGUUUAAGCAUGUAUCAGAAUGGAUCUGAAAUGGAAGAGUUGGACUUCCACUUUGCUGGCUGUUUUCUGGCUUUGCAAUAAACUACGGUAUAUGUAAAUAA